AUGGGAGGACGGUCUUCCAAAGUUGUUAUUACCCCAGAAACCAAGGCGUCGGCUGCCGCUCCAGAACCCACCGCCACCAUCACCAAAACGGUUAUGGAGAAUGGAAAUACCGAGGCGAUUCCCUCUAUCGACGAGCCUACAACAGAGCCGAAUGGCGAUUGCUCGGCGUCAGCUGCUCCCGCGGAGGCUCCAACCGAUACCGCUCCUGCCGUUGCCGAAUGCCACGAACCUAAGUCAGCUCAAAAAGUGAAAAACCCGAUUAGUUGGUUGAACAAGAAAAUAUCCUUCAAGAAGACCAAAACACCGAAAAACGUUGAGCCAGAAAAGCCCCCCGCUGAAUCCACCGAGAACGCAGAACCCGUCGCCGAAGCGGUGGAAGAGAAAAAGCCUGAACUUCCCGAGGCGCCUGUUGGCGAUGUGGAGACGCAAUCAGCCGAAACGACACAAGUAGACCAGGCAACAAGUCACCCUGAUCCGGCGGAUUCGUGUAGUGGGCCUGUUGUCGAGUUCGCGCCCACCACCAACGGCUUCCACUCUCAAGUUGGCGAGGAACACUUUGUUGAAGAAACCUCAGCGCCAGCUAAUGAGCCCGUUGCUGAGUGUGCUGCUGAAGAGUCGAAUACCGACCUGGGCCUGACUGAGAAGCUGGCGAACCUCGGCAUUGACUCAGCUCAGCCGGCGCAGACCAACGGCGUCGCGGACCACGCCACCAAUGUCGACACCGAAGUUAGAAAUGACUAG